UCUCACUGUCACAACUCGUAAUUAUCUCACCUGACUCUCCACGCGUCCAGGCCGCCGCUUUCCCAACAGGAAGCUUGCCUCAUCCAGUAAAGGAGGGCCUGUGCGGUGAACCCCGGGGUUACCGGCGUGAGGGGAUGUGUAACAUGGUUAUUUUGCUCUUUCAUUUUGGUCGACUCGUUUCUCGGCAACAUCACAAAACAGCUGUCGAUCAUGACGUGUCGAUUGUGGCUCCCAGCAUGUGAGCGCAAGAGCACAAAGUGAGGAAGCGGCUCAGUCCUCCGCAGACAGCCGACCCACGCAGGAAGGAACAGCCGCGGCUCUGCUGCUUUUAUUUUCAUUAUCCCCUGCAACCUGCAACUUUUCUUUUGUUCUCGGCACUCUGAGGAAAUAUAAACUACAUGGUGGCAGAAAGGAGGGAACUGGUUCCUCUCUCUCCUCUUCACAAUAUCCUCUUUUAAACCCAACCAACCCCUCCUCCACGUUUUCCCGUUAUCUCUUUGGUUUUAAUGUGGYGUGCGCACACACUGUUUGGAUGAUCGCCUCGGCAGAUGGUGCUCAGUGUCUGAGUCUGGGACAGACUGUUGGCUGGUCAUGGGAUGCUGCAGCGUGACCCAGAGGCACAGCGGAGUGGACGACGUGGGCCCCGAUGAAAUCGAACUACUGGAACUGUCCGGAGACAGUUUAGGUGUGAGGAGUCUGAGUGAGACCAGGCUUCAGCUGUCAGCGAGGAGCAGCAGAGAGGAGCAGCAGCUCAAACCUCCAGCUCAACACCUGGACCAGGAGGUGGUACUGUGGGGCAGGAGCAGAAAUGAGCUCCAUCACAGGAUUUACUCUCAGCAGCCAAUCAGAGGCUGGGAGGGCCAACCUGCUCACUUGUAUGGAGAAAUCAUCCACUCCUCCCUGGUGUCCCUUUACAACAGCUACACACAGGAAAGCAGUGAACGCUUCCUGGUGUUGUUCUCCUUUCACCUUCUGAUCCUUUCUCUGGAUCACUCCCAACAAGACGUCUCAUAUGAGGGCAUCCUUCCCAUUUCUGGACUUUCUUUCCGAGUCAUAUCUCAGGACUCUGACCUGUUAGAGCCAAUGCACAUGUUCGAGAUCAGCAGCCAAAUGGUGGACCCCAAGGUGUUCGUAUGUCCCAGUGCUGCAGAGCUACGGGGCUGGAUGCAACACAUAGAAGACAGAAGAUCCAAGUCCAUGACUCAGAACAUGAGCCCCUCUCACUGCGUGCUCUCAUAUCUCCUGCCGUGUGAUGAGCCCUGGAAGAGAGAUGAGCUGAAGAAGUACCUCCUGCAGGCUCCCAUAUGGAACUGGGAGGGCUCACCCAUCCAGCACAUGGGCCAGCCUGGAUAUGUUUCUAUAGUUCACAUCAUCAACACACAGAGACAGGUGAGCUGAUGGAGCCUCUGCAGGUCUCCUGCAUCUGCCUGGAGGACUAUCAGAACUGGAUUUUUCAGCUCCAGCAGCCUGACAGAAGCAGUCGCGUUACUGCGAGCCACCCUCCGCCUGCCAUCAUGCCGAAGCUGCAAAGGAACAGGAGGCCGUCCCAGGAGCCCAUCAUGGCAGCCGAGCAGUGCCACAUCAAUGGGAGAGGCUGAAGGAAAUCUUUAAAAUCAUAUGUAAUGUAAAAACAUGUUUGGUACCACAUCGUAUUAGGGGAUUUAUUAAUGUCUUAUAAAGAGGUUARUCAUGGGGUUGUACAGCAUUUACAAUGAUUUAUAAAACACACAAAGGACAAGCGCCCCCUAGUGGCUGUCUGUAGAACAGAACUGAGCACGCUUCAGUGUAUGAACAGUGUGAUUGUUACAAUGGUUCAUAAAAYCUUUACAAACUCAUGAACAACCUACUUAUAAAGCAUGAAUAAUUUGUCCAUUAAAGACCCGUAUUGUAAAGUGGUACCGCAUGUUCAUAAUGUAUUUAUUACUUUAAUGAGCCACGAUAAAAAGGAUGUAGCAGAAGGAAAUGUUACCUGAAUUUUGACGUUUGGGUGAUUUUUAUUUUUUAUUUUUUGAAGGAUACUGAUACAAAAAAUAAAAUCAUGAUCCAGUUUAGGAGAGGAACAUAGUUGCAGAAUUGUUAGAAGAUCUAGAUCAGGGGUGUCAAACUUAUUUUCACCGAGGGCCACAAGAGCAUUAUGGUGGCCCUCAUAGGGCCAGCUAUAAUUAACUUUGAUGUUUUGUGUUCAACUUUGACUGAAAGCAAAACGUCACAUUCCUCGUCUCAUACGGCUGAGCACCGCUAACARACAAUAACUGAACUCUGUGGUGUUUCAUGCAUGGAAACAGCAUUUGAAYACAUCCUCUUAAAAACACUGAAAAGUACUUUGUGUAUGACUGACUAAAUGUGGAAUUAAUGAUACAGAAAUACUAAUAAAAAGAAGAAGUUUUACUAAAUGAGAAGUUGUGAGAAGCUGCUGACUUGAAUUCAGAACUUUCAAACAGGGAAUUUUCACUGGAGGGGGAGUUCCAGUUUAAAUUAUAUGACUUGUAAGUGGGAAAUUCCCACUUCCCAGUACAGUUGGGCAGCCUAAAAUGUAGAGAAAUUAAGAUUUUAAAUUGAAUUUUGCAGGCUGCCGGCUACUUUUGAACCCAGAGCACCUCUACCUAGUGGUUGGAUGUUGUCAUUUCACAGUAAACGAUCAACAUGCAUUAUGGGAGAUGUAGUUUAUGGUCAGUGCUGGCUUUAAAGCAGCUUAUUUUAAAGACAUUAAUACAUCAUUAAAGCUCUCGCGGGGCCAC